GACGUCAGCAGGCUCCUCCUUCCAGCUUCCUCUUUUCCCGUGGCAGUGACAGACUGACACCAUGAAGGCGUCCGGCACACUUCGGGAGUAUAAGGUCGUUGGGCGCUUGCUGCCCUCGGCGAAGAACCCGGCCCCCCCUCUGUACCGCAUGAGGAUCUUCGCCCCGAAUCACGUGGUGGCGAAGUCCAGAUUCUGGUACUUCGUUUCUCAGCUGAGGAAGAUGAAGAAGGCGUCCGGAGAGACAGUCUACUGCGGACUGGUCCAUGAGAAGACUCCCCAGAAGGUGAAGAACUUUGGUAUCUGGCUGCGUUACGACUCUCGCAGCGGGACACAUAACAUGUACCGAGAGUACAGAGACCUGACCACGUCUGCUGCUGUCACCCAGUGCUGUGAGUAUUACACACACACACACACACACACACACACACACACACACACACACACACACACACACACACACACACACACACACCUCAUCACAGGCCAGGAUGGAGGGUUGAAUGCACCUAGAAAUAUCAGGGCUCGACAUUAAGGACUGCCCGAUGGCCCGGGGCCA